AUGCUCGUGCUCGGCUCUCUUAUUGCCAUGGCCUGCGUUGCUUCUCUACACAUGUCCUCGCAUGGAGCAUUCGCUGACGAUGCAGCUACAGCAGAGUCGGCCUAUAUCAAUGAGUUGGAUGGCCCCAGCAGAAUCGCAAGAGGCGCAAUGGCAUCUCUCUACGAGCUACAAGUAUACGUGUGCCAUGAGACACCAACAGGCGACAGGCCUCUAUACAUGCAUGCCACCACCGGUGGGGAAUAUUGCUCGACUCCCAUCACCGCAGGCGCGCAGUGGACGGGGAGGACGGCUAUCAAGGGCACACGCGAGCACACGGGCGGUGAAGCUGAAAAAUCGGCGUGA